AUGCCUGACAACAUCAGGGGGGAUGUCCUCCCAGAUCUGAAGCAGUGCAUCACUGAGCUCCUGGACAACCUGAGGUGUAACCUGGUGACGCUGGAAGGACCAAACAUGCUAUUGGAUUUAGGUCACUCACAGAAGCUCAGUCUGUCUCAGUCAUUAAUAGCAGUAGCUGGUGAUGACAUUGUUUUGCCAUGCCAGCUGGAGCCCCCUGUGGAUGCUGCUCAGAUGACAAUCGAGUGGGGGAAACCUGACCUGAACCCCAGAUUCGUGUUUGUGUGGCACAAUGAACAGGAGCUUCAGACCGACCAGAACACAGCCUACAAGGGACGAGUGUCACUGUCCAUCGACAAGCUAAAGCACGGAGACGUUUCACUGAAGCUGUCCAAAGUUAAAAUCUCUGAUAGUGGACGAUACAGAUGCUACAUUCCAAAAAAGACUAAAGAAUAUUUUGUUGAUCUUCUUGUUGGUGCUUCCUCUCAGCCUGGUGCCAACUUAGCAGGACUCAGUAAAUCGAGCAGUCGAGUGAUGCUGGACUGUGAGUCUGCAGGCUGGUAUCCAGAGCCUGAGCUGCUGUGGUUGGAUGCUGAGGGAAACCUCCUCCCUGCUGGACCUACAGAGACCCUCAGAGGUCCUGAUGACCUCUAUACUGUCAGCAGCAGAGUGACUGUGGAGAAGAGACACAGCAACAACAUCACCUGCAGAGUCCAACAGAAGAACAUCAACCAGAGCAGAGAGACACACAUACAUGUUCCAGGUGAUUUCUUCAUGGUUCCAUCAAACUGUGUCGUUUCUGUCACCUUUAGUGUGGUUCUGUCCAUCGUCUUUGUGCUUGGAGCUGCCAUUUUUAUGUGGCAAUGGAGACAAAAUGAAAACCAGGCAAAGAUAAAAGAGAGCAGCACAGAACGUCAGUCUUUGCUGAAAGAUCUGGACAACACAAAGGGACGCCUCGAUGAGGUGAUCAAAGUGUUUCAAAAAACCCAGGAGCAUACAGCACAGACGAUUCAGGUUCUGAAGGAUAUUUUGAUGAAAAUUGAGUCACAGAAACAACAAUUUAUCAGCCAAACAGAGAAGACAGAAAGAGUGGCUGAGGAGAAUGAGAAGAAGUUUGAGAAGGUGAAUAGGAGUCCCAGAUAUUUAACCCUUGGUGGGAUCAACACCUUAGAGGUGAUCCUGAGAGUCACUGAACCACCCUUAGAUCAUGUGAGCAGUCAGGAUGACAUUAACCGAGCUGUGAAUCAGAGAUGA